UCAUUCUCCACGGCAAAUUAGGGUUUUUUAUACGAGCAUCUCUCCCGCCUUCCGUUGAUCUUCCUUUCAAUCAUGGCGGAGCAGACGGAGAAGGCGUUUUUGAAGCAGCCAGGUGUGUUUCUAAGCUCUAAGAAGACCGGGAAGGGAAAGAGGCCAGGAAAGGGAGGCAAUCGAUACUUCAAGAGUAUCGGCUUAGGAUUCAAGACUCCUCGUGAGGCUACUGAAGGUACGUAUAUUGACAAGAAAUGCCCAUUUACUGGCAAUGUUUCUAUCCGAGGUCGUAUCCUUGCUGGUACAUGCCACAGUGCUAAGAUGAACAGAACCAUCAUCGUUCGACGCAAUUACCUACAUUAUGUCAAGAAUUAUUUCAGAUAUGAGAAGAGGCACUCCAAUAUUCCAGCUCACAUAUCACCGUGCUUCCGUGUGAAAGAGGGAGAUCAUGUUACUAUUGGACAGUGCAGGCCUUUAUCCAAAACCGUGAGGUUCAAUGUCUUGAAGGUGAUUCCAGCUGGUUCUGGUGGUGGCGGGAAAAAGGCUUUCACCGGGAUGUAAUCUUCGUGCCUCCAUUUCAAAUUUUGUUUCUUGUAGGAAUAUUAUGUCAGAACCUUUUUGCUUUUUACUGAGUUAUCAUCUUCAAAUUUUGGAACUUAAUGCUAGUAAGUUUGUUAUUAA